UGUGUUUCUUCUCUCUCCGUCUUGUGAUUUUUUUUUGCUCUGGGCGAAAACCCGAGAAUUGUGUUUCUCGAAUCUCGCUCUAUAUUUGACUUCUCCGAAGAUUGGCCUCUAUUCGUCUGAUUACGUUCGCUGAGCUAGGGUUUCGAAGAGUUCUGAGCUAUGGCUGCGACGAUGAUGGUGAGUUCCGCGGGAGGGUUACUGGCAAUGCUCAACGAAACACAUCCUUCGUUGAAGCUUCACGCGCUCUCGUAUCUCAACAGCUUGGUCGACCAAUUCUGGCCCGAGAUCUCCACUAGCGUCCCUAUCAUAGAGAGCUUAUACGAAGAUGAAGAAUUCGAUCAACAUCAGAGACAACUUGCUGCAUUGCUUGUCUCUAAGGUUUUCUAUUAUUUGGGUGAGCUUAAUGAUUCACUGUCUUAUGCCCUUGGGGCUAGGUCCCUAUUUGAUGUCUCAGAAGAUUCUGAUUAUGUCCAUACGCUCCUGGCCAAAGCUAUAGAUGAGUAUGCUAGCCUCAGGUCAAAGGCGGUUGAGUCUAAUGAGGAGGUGAUCAUUGACCCCAGAUUGGAGACCAUUGUUGAAAGAAUGCUUGACAAAUGUAUUAGCGAUGGGAAGUAUCAGCAGGCGAUGGGCAUCGCGAUAGAAUGCCAGAGAUUGGAUAAAUUGGAGGAAGCUAUCACAAAAAGUGAUAACGUUCAUGGAACUUUAUCGUACUGCAUCAAUGUUUCUCAUUCCUUUGUCAACCGCAGAGAAUAUAGACACGAGGUGCUUCGUUUACUUGUUAAUGUCUACCAGAAGCUUCCUUCUCCAGAUUAUUUGAGCAUUUGUCAAUGCCUUAUGUUCUUGGAUGAACCUCAAGGUGUUGCAAGCAUUUUGGAGAAGCUCCUACGUUCUGAGAACAAGGAUGAUGCUUUAUUGGCGUUUCAAAUUGCUUUUGAUCUGGUGGAGAACGAGCACCAGGCAUUUCUCUUGAAUGUUAGAGACCGCCUUCCGGCUCCCAAGAUUCGUCUGGCUGAAGCAGUUCAGGCUGUUGAAACUACUACUGCUCAGGGUGAGACUCCUUCAGGAGAUGUUCAGAUGGUGGAUGGCACUCCAUCUGUGACAAAUGUGCAAGAAACAGAUCCUUCUGAAGCUACAUAUGCUGAGAGGUUAACAAAGCUUAAGGGAAUUUUAUCUGGAGAGACGUCAAUACAGUUGACUCUUCAAUUUCUAUUCAGCCAUAACAAAUCUGAUCUGCUGAUCCUGAAGACGAUCAAGCAGUCUGUUGAGAUGCGGAACAGUGUUUGCCACAGUGCUACAAUCUAUGCUAAUGCCAUAAUGCAUGCAGGGACAACAGUGGAUACAUUUCUUAGAGAGAACUUGGAUUGGCUAAGCAGGGCCACCAAUUGGGCUAAGUUCAGUGCUACAGCAGGAUUAGGUGUUAUUCACAGAGGUCACCUGCAGCAAGGUAGGUCACUGAUGGCCCCUUACUUACCUCAGGGAGGAGCCGGUGGUGGUGGAAGUCCUUACUCUGAAGGUGGCGCUUUAUAUGCUCUUGGCCUUAUUCAUGCCAACCAUGGAGAAGGAAUCAAACAAUUUCUACGCGAUAGCCUACGUAGCACUAGUGUUGAGGUCAUUCAACAUGGAGCUUGCUUAGGUCUUGGCUUAGCAGCUUUGGGAACGGCUGAUGAAGACAUAUACGAUGAUAUCAAAAGUGUGCUUUACACUGACAGUGCUGUAGCUGGUGAAGCUGCCGGUAUCAGUAUGGGUUUACUGUUGGUUGGAACAGCAACUGAAAAGGCAAGUGAGAUGCUUGCUUAUGCUCAUGAGACACAACAUGAGAAGAUAAUAAGAGGAUUGGCAUUAGGUAUUGCCCUUACGGUAUAUGGUAGAGAAGAGGGAGCAGAUACGUUGAUUGAGCAGAUGACUCGAGAUCAGGACCCUAUCCUUCGUUACGGUGGCAUGUAUGCCUUGGCCCUGGCUUACUGUGGAACCGCUAACAACAAGGCCAUUCGCCAGCUGCUUCACUUUGCCGUAUCUGAUGUCAGCGAUGAUGUUAGGAGAACCGCUGUCCUAGCCCUCGGAUUUGUCCUGUACUCUGAUCCGGAGCAGACCCCUCGCAUUGUAUCCUUGCUUUCCGAGUCAUACAAUCCGCACGUUCGGUAUGGUGCCGCUCUCGCAGUUGGAAUAUCAUGCGCAGGCACUGGCCUGAGUGAGGCUAUAUCAUUGUUGGAGCCACUUACCUCAGAUGUAGUCGACUUUGUUCGUCAGGGUGCUCUAAUAGCUAUGGCCAUGGUUAUGGUCCAGAUCAGUGAGGCAAGCGAUUCCCGGGUCGGAGCAUUUAGGCGUCAACUUGAAAAGAUCAUACUCGACAAGCACGAGGAUACGAUGAGCAAGAUGGGAGCGAUUUUGGCUUCGGGGAUACUCGAUGCAGGUGGGAGGAACGUCACUAUUCGACUGCUUUCCAAGACGAAGCACGACAAAAUCACUGCGGUCAUCGGCCUUGCUGUUUUCAGCCAAUUCUGGUACUGGUACCCUCUGAUCUAUUUCGUAAGCUUGGCAUUCUCCCCGACCGCUUUCAUCGGUUUGAACUACGAUCUCAAAGUCCCGAAGUUUGAGUUCUUGUCCAAUGCGAAACCAUCUUUGUUCGAGUACCCGAAGCCAACCACUGUUCCUACCGCCAAUACUGCUGCCAAACUACCGACUGCUGUGCUCUCGACCUCGGCCAAAGCCAAAGCUAGGGCUAAGAAAGAAGCAGAGCAGAAAGCUAACGCCGAAAAGGUGGCAGCAAACGCAGAAAAGUCCGGCAAUGAGAGCGGAUCUGGAAAAGGAAAAUCAUCGACCGAAAAGGAUGCAGACUCGAUGCAGGUCGAUAGCUCGACAGCAGCAGCAGAGAAGAAGGCUGAACCCGAGCCAUCGUUUGAGAUUCUGGUAAACCCGGCACGAGUAGUUCCUGCACAGGAGAAGUACAUAAAGUUCAUGGAAGAUAGCCGAUACGUUCCAGUGAAGCAAGCCACGUCGGGAUUCGUCCUUAUGAGAGACUUGCGUCCAAACGAGCCGGAGGUUCUUUCCUUGACCGAUGCACCCACUUCGACCACGUCACCAGCAAGCGGUGCAGCCGGUGCUGGUCAAUCCCAGCAACACGUAGCCACUGGCUCAGCCAUGGCUGUAGAUGACGAGCCUCAACCUCCGCAGCCAUUUGAAUACUCGUCAUGAUGAGAGUCUUUAGCCAAGUUUUCGAGUGAUUCAUGGGAACUGUUGAAAUGGAUUCUUUGAACUUGUUGGCUGUCUUUUCUGUGGGGAGAAAGAAACGAGAAAAAUAUGUUUUUGAAGUUUCGCUGUCUCCAUGGCUGUUGUCACUGCAUUUGCUUUGGCUAGUUUUAAUGAUCGUGUGGUUUUCAUAUAGUUUUGGUGAUUAAAAAAAGUUCUCUUCCCAUU